AUGAAGGAUGCAGAUGUAUCAAAGCAGAUCCAGCAGAUGAUUAGGUUCAUCCGCCAAGAAGCUGAAGAGAAAGCUAAUGAAAUAUCUGUUGCUGCAGAAGAGGAAUUCAAUAUCGAGAAACUGCAAUUACUUGAAGCUGAAAAGAGAAAGAUCAGACAAGAAUACGAGCGAAAAGCCAAACAGAUCGAUGUUCGUAGAAAGAUCGAAUACUCAAUGCAGUUGAAUGCAUCUCGUAUAAAAGUACUUCAAGCACAAGAUGAGGUUGUAAGUUCUAUGAAAGAUGCUGCUAAAAAAGGACUUGUACGCAUCUCAAGUGAUAAGAAAGCAUACAGGAAACUCAUCAAAGAAAUUAUCAUUCAGGGUUUACUACGCAUGAGAGAAUCAUCUCUAUUACUACGAUGUCGAGAGACUGAUCGUAAACUAGUCGAGUCACUGCUAGAGGAAGCUAAAAAGGAAUACUCAGAGAAAGCUAAGGUUCAACCUCCUACGAUUGUUCUUGAUGAUCGUGUUUACCUUCCACCACAGCCGAAAAAUAAUGCUGCGGAUUCACACGAAAUUUUUUGUUCUGGAGGAGUAGUAUUGGCCUCUGACGAUGGAAAGAUUGUGUUGGAGAGUACUCUUGAUGCGCGACUUGAUGUCAUUUUUCGACAGAAGUUACCUGAGAUCCGAAAGCGUUUGUUAGCUUGA